UGGAGGAUGAACCCUCCUCCGACAUUACAUGUGAUUAGAUGAAAAGAGCAGAGCCACCAAUGUUGAGUCAUGAGUGAUGGAGUAGGUGUGUGAUACUGACAUGAUGUGUUGUGAUGGUCUUGAUUUUGGGCUUCCCAGAUGAAAUAAGUUAGCAGCGAGCACACUGAUUUUAAUUUUAGUUUUCCUUUUAUUUGUACGGAUUUUUUAAAGCUAUUAUCUUAUCUUACUAAAGCUCUUGCCUAAGCCUUAAAGCCCCAACUCUCCUUCCAAAACUAUACCAGAUCUGGGGAAGAGGGAAAUAGAUGGAGAUCGGUGGCUCGAAGCAGAACAAUGAAGGUUUCGUGGGGAACAAACACAUUUUCAUCUUAUCCGGACAGAGCAAUAUGGCCGGACGAGGGGGAGUAACACGAGAGAAGAUAUGGGAUGGGAUCGUUCCCUCGGAUUGCUGCCCUGAUCCCAGUGUCAUUCGAUUAAACGCAAAAUUGCAGUGGGAGGAGGCCCAGGAGCCCCUCCACGCCGAUAUCGACACGAAGAAGACGUGUGGCAUAGGACCUGGGAUGUCCUUCGCAAAUGCGAUCCGGGCGCGUAACUCGAGCUUGGGGGUGGUGGGUCUGGUGCCUUGCGCGGUGGGAGGAACGGCGAUUAAGGAGUGGGAACGAGGGAAGGAUCUCUACGACAACAUGGUGAGAAGGGCCAGAGAAUCGCUCAAGGCGGGCGGCCAGAUCAAGGCCCUGCUUUGGUAUCAGGGAGAGAGUGAUACGUUCUCUCUAGACGAUGCCAACUCUUACAAAUCCAACAUGGAGAGAUUCAUCCAGGACGUCCGUGCCGAUCUUCACUCUCCUUCACUUCCAAUCAUCCAAGUAGCGAUCGCAUCCGGGGACGAGCAAUUCCUAGAGAAAAUCAGAGAAGCGCAAAUGGGAAUCAAGCUCCCUAAUGUCUAUUGCGUUGAUGCAAAAGGAUUGGCGCUCAAAGAGGAUAAUCUCCACCUCACUACAGAGGCCCAGAUCCAGCUGGGGAGCAUGUUAGCUGAUGCGUAUCUCAUUCACUGCGCAUAUACACCUACUCUAUGAAGAUUUUGGUCCGUAUCCGUAA